CGGUUAUCUUUGCAUAGACUGCUAACAUUUUAAUCACAGCGUGAAGUGAUUGCGUUAACUUACGACAUAGCAUAGUUAACCCAAAUAGAAGUAAAACAUUAUUAGUUUUUAUCAAUAAUUCAAUAUUUACUCUUGUACCUUACUCUUUACAUGUGAUGGAACGCAGUUAUGUUAGUUGAUGCAGCUCUUUUAAAUUUAAAAAGGUAGGAGUAAGAAAUUUAGAGUAAACUUUUGUCGUUUGUUUUGAGCUGACGUAUACGGCAUACCGUAUUAAUUAUAAUUUUAUAAUCAUUAUAUUUAUACUUUAAAAAACAAAAAAAGUUAUUGAUAUUCAACUCGGGGUUACCCAAUUUCGUCUUGUCUUAGUAAGUUAGUACUUUGUAAAACAUUGUUACAGUAUGUAAUUAGUAAUUAGUAAAAAAAAAGGGAAGCGUUAUACUAAGUAUAAGCAGUCGGCUGCGUAUAACCCUGAGAGUUAUACGCAAUCGACUGCGCAUAACCCUGAGGGUUAUUCACAGCCGACUGCGUAUAACUCUCAGGGUUAUACGCAGUCGGCUGGGAAUUUAGCCAAAUAAGGUUUAUUAUCGCUUGUUUGGCAAUUUAAAAAAAAAGUAUUCUGCGUAAUUAGCUGCAUGAUGGAUUGUUUUGAACUAGAACUUUUAAUGUGUUUAGCGUAAAAUUUUAAUUGAAUUAAUUUUAAUUAAUAUUGAAAUUGAUGAUAGCAAUAGUAUUAGUAUUAGUGCUAUUAUUAGUAUUAUUGCUUGUAUCUUAUAUAUUAUAAUUAUAAGUAUAAGUCAAAGUCUACAUUUCUUAGAGUCUAAGCCUAAGUCUUAGAUUUUUUUAAAGGCAUUUCCAUGGUCUAAGUCUAGUCAUGUAUUUUGAUUGAUUAGGUUUUUAUAUGUUGCUAUGACUAUAGUUUUACUGACUAAUUCAGGAAAUACAUUCUAUUUAUCUUUUUUUAAAUUUUAUCAUUUAUGAUUUUUUUUUUUUUGAUGACCUAAAUGUAACAGUUUUCAGCUUCCAUGCAAAACUAUAACUGUGUGAAAGUAUUACUUACACUGACCCCUCUACAGAACCCCUGCCCCUACAGCGAUUUUUUUCCUGCUACUCUCAACCCAUGAUUAUUUUUAUUACUGUACCAGUGAAACAUGAUUUUAUCUGCCACAAAAUUAGUUAACAACACAAACAUAUAUUUGAUAAUUAUAAGUAUAACAUUAUUAACAUUACAUUGGUCAAGUUAAUAAUUCUUCUCAUGUUUUAACAUUUUUUAGCCAAAAAAAAAGUAAAACAAUAAGCCUAGUUGUUGCUUCAUUCUCGAGAAAAAGCAUAGCAACUAACGUGUAUUCAUGGCUUGCCGUUGGCUGGAAUUGAACUCAAAACCACCAACUUGAGGUUAGGUCAGUUUAAACCAUUCGACCACACAGUCACCCGAUAUCAAGGCACCGUUAUUGAUUGAUACUGUAACACAGGAAGAAUAUAGACCUCACGUGACUUGCUGACUGCGUAUAACUCUCAGGGUUAUACGCAGUCGGCUGCGCAUAACCACUUCGAAAAAAAAAAACUACUUUGUUUUAAGUAAAUUUAGACAAUUUUAAAAUUAAAUGCAUUUUCAUUUACUAAUGUACUUAACUUAGGUUUAUAACUUAUGGUCUAAUUAAAUUAAAAAUUGGUAAUUUAGUGGUACGCAUUUUAAAUUAAGUUUUAAGUAUUUUAAAUUUAAAUCAUGACUUGUAGUAAUCAAAGACAAAGUCAUAGUAGGCCUAUUUCUUAUCAGUGGCGUAGCAAGGGUUAGUGCCGCCAGGGCAGGGUGGGCCAAGAUUUUUGCCACCCCCUCACAAAAAACUCUUCACUAUAUAGAUAUAUAUAUAUAAAUAUAUAAAAAAGUGCAGUUGUAGGCUGACCUCCCCACCACACCUCCCUCCUAGGUCAGUGGUUCUUAUAAUCUAACUUUGUAGAGAUAUCAGGAUAUGAGUGACUGAAUAAUGACUUAAAUCUUAAGUUACAAUCAAUGUUCCCUUAAAUUUUGGUGGAGCUGAGUGCCGAGAAUAUUUUGUCUAUGCAAUUUUGAAAAAAUAAAAAAAAGUGAUAUCUGAAUUUAUAUUUGCUAAAUUUAAAAUGCCGUGAUGCAUAUCUGAAUUUAAUUUUGCUAAAUUAUAUUCAAAAUGCUGUCGGCAUAUCUGAAUUCAGUGAUUCAUUGCACAGCCUGAUAUAUAUUUUCUGGAUUAGAUGUCACAUUGCUAUUGGAAAAGGGACUUGUGUUCAAUUUAGUGUGAUUACAACAUUUGAAUGUGUAAAAGAAUUUGAUGAAAAAAACAAUUCACCCACAGAUCAGGACAGUUGUGUUUAUACAAAUGUUCUACUUUAGUUAAGAUUUUAGAUCACUAAUUUGAAUUAAUUUUUAAAAAAUCAGACCAAAAUAUGGCAGAUAUUGAAUGUAGAAAAAAGUUCAUUUUUGAUACAUCUGGCCAAUUAAAAGAAAUUUUGGCCUGUUGGCAACUGAUGAUUGGGACAGACUCAAUGUUAGGCUGACAUCAUCUAUUACCAUUUGUGUAAUAAAUUAAUUAUUUGUAAAAUAAAAGUAAAUUAAAAACUAGAGUAAAAAAAAAAUCCCCUGUUCUUUCUUAAAUUUGCAACAUACUCCUAUAUUUUUCUGCACACCUUUAUCACAGGCACUUAGAGGGAACAUUGGGCACAAUACAUGAAUUAAUGAGUUUUUUCUAUUAAGUUAGGCCUAUUCAUUGAUGAGUUAAUUCAGUUGGUUUAAAGUUAGCCUAGGCCUAUUUUGGAAAAAUAUUAUUUUAAUAUAUAAACUGUUUUAUGAGACAUUUACUCGUUUAUAUAUACCGGUAUAUAUAUAUUUAUAUGGUACACAUUUCUUACAUUAUAUAUAGAUAAAGUAAAAUUAUAAAUUAAAUGGGAAAAAAACUCAAGCCAUUGUCUUCUUCUUUGUCUUAUCAAGUCUCAGUGGACCAUAGGCCAUUAAAAAAUUAUUUCAAUCAAAGCCCUCUGGACUCUUGUUAUCUACUCUAACUCUUUCCAGUCUUUAAUACGACUUUGUGAGAUUCUCUUCACCAGGUGUUUUAAGACCUUCAUCUUUCUCUUGAUUGUUGAGGUUCCAUACCGGUGCUUGUGUUGUUAUAUUUGGCAUUGGUUUUCUCAUUGUUUGACCUAUCCAACUCGAACUUCUUUUCUGGAUUUCUUGCUCCAUUGGGAUUUGUGCUGUCAUAUCCCUCACUGUUGGGUUUCAGAUUUUGUGGAGCCACUUGAUGUUGAGGGUUUUCCUCAGGCAAUUCUUCAUGAAGGUUUGCAGUCUUUUCCUUCUUAGUUGGUCUCCAGCUUUCUGAGCCAUAUAGUUAAUGUUUGGCUAACAGCAAAGAUGUCAUUGGGUAUAGUUCAAUGCAUUGUCCAUGAUUUAAAAAGUAAAAAUAUAUAUUUUUAUUUUUACCCAAAGUAUGUCUUUAUUAUUUGUGAUAAGCCACGGGUUAUUAGUCAUUAUCUACCAAACGGCUGUGAAUAAUGGUAGGUCUGCCAUGACCUUUAAUCUGUUACACAAGCAUGUAAGUUAUUUUUGAUAGUGAUGUCAAUGGAUUCACAUUUUCAGCAUCAUACCUAAGCAUUAUCAAAAUGAUAACAUUGUAACUACAUUGAAUAGUUAUCAUUGAUUGCAAUAGAAGCAAGUAAAUGCUUAGAAUUUUACUUAAUAUUUUUUUUUACUUUGCUUAAUAAAAAAAAAAUAAUGUAAAACAAAAUAAUGAAAUUAAACAUUAUUAAAACAUAUGUCUCUUGCAAAUUUGUUUGUGUAAGUGCAAUGUCCAUCACAAGUAUUUAUAAUUUGUGGAUGAUUUAUCUAGUUUAUUUAUAAAUUUUCACUCCAAAUAUAAGUCACUUUUCACACUGCAAGCACCAACUAAAUGUUAUCUUACUCAGAUAAUGAUAGAAAGAUUAGUAACCUAUUGGUCACUGCAGUACUGAUAAAUCAAUAGUGUGUAUGGUUCAAAGUUAUUUAGAGUCUCAGUUAAUAUUAAACCUAUGUCUUUGGUAAAGAACACAGCUUGAUAAUAAAUCUGCUUAACAGAAGUCUCGCUAUUUGUGGUAGCAAUGUUAAAAUAAGUGAAUUUCUUUGGUAUGUUUAUGAAUUAUGUUAUUUAUUGCUAUCAAUUAUUCUGAUGUCUCUGCACAUUUUCACAGUUUUUGCAAUAUUAUAUGAAGUUUUAUUUUUUUUUUAAAAUCAUUCUUUUGUGUCAUGAAGUAUAGUAAGGAUUAAUUGUUGCAAUUUAGAUUUCAAUGUAUUUAUUUGACAUUUAGAAGUGAAGGAUUAUGGAUGAAACAUCACCAUUAUUAUCUGGUCCAGAUCAAUCAGAUGUCCACUCUAAGGAUGGUAGGCUGCUUUUUGUUGUAUUUUUUGUGUUGGGGCUGGUAGGGGAUGUUGUUUUAAAAAAAAGCCAAUUUCAUAAUUUUUCUUUUACUAAUUUUCAGUCUUAAGGUUACAUUAACAUAUAAUUGUAUGUUUUAUUAAUGAAAGUCUGGAUAUGUGUACAGUGUACAAGUUCAUGCAGACACUGCUCCAUGUUCUUUUCCAUUAUAUUAAGUUAAUCAAUGUGGUUCUAUUUUAAACAGAGGUAGAUUUCAGGAUUACUUCAUUCAGCGGUAGGUUUGGAAAUGUUGGAAUAGUUGACAAAAAGACCGGAGGAGAGGAGGAUGAAGCCACAAAAUUCAAGUUCAGUCAGUUGUCCAGACAGAAUAAACUUGUCCUAGGUCUCCUGGGCCUGGCCAACUUUUUCACCGGUUGUGGAUUUUCUUUACUGGCCCCUUUUUUUCCUCAAGAGGUGAGUUAACCGCAUAGCAAAGUGAGGUGGCGGAAGUUUGUGGUAGUCCUGCAUUGCAUUGCUUUCAUACCCCUUUAGCAUCACAUUAAUAAAAUGAUCAGAUUUGUUAGGUACACUGAAUGGGUUUUGACGGAAGUGAUCUUAAUUUAGUUUGUAAUAAAUAUGGAUGCAGUGUAGCAUAUCUCUAGACUCAAUUAACAUUUUAUUAUCACACCAUUAUAUAACCUUUUCUUCAGGGGUGGGGGGGGGGGGCCGACGACUAUGCCCAUAUUUAUGUAAGUACUAUUUAUUAACCUUUUAAAAAAUAAUGGAAAAAAAAAUGGAUGCAGUGUAGCAUAUCUCUAGACUCAAUUAACAUUUUAUUAUCACACCAUUAUAUAACCUUUUCUUCAGGGGUGGGGGGGGGGGGUCGACGACUAUGCACAUAUUUAUGUAAGUACUAUUUAUUAACCUUUUAAAAAAUGAUGGCAAAAAAAAUCUUAAUCCUCUACGAACUUAAUAUCACAUUCCUUCCUUGAUAUAAGGAAAAUAUUUAUUAUGUUAGGUAUCCAAUUUCUAUUUAAAUGGAAAAAGGGUUCUCCGGGCUGAAAAAGUAUAAUUACCUUGAAAUAUGGUUUUAUUAAUUCUUCUGUUGCCUCAUUAACAGGCUGAGAAGAAAGGUGUUUCAACGACAGUGACGGGCCUCAUCUUCAGUGUUUUCCAGUUUGUCAUCUUCUUGUCAUCUCCUGUCUUUGGAAACUAUGUAAGACUGUCUUGGUGCUUAAUGUCUACGGGUUGUUGUGAACUAAAACUGUAGCUGUUGGGGGGGGGGGGGUAAUUACCUGUAUCUUUGAUUUAUGAAAACGUGAUCUACAAUGCAGUGAGCUCAUCCGUGAUGUGUUGUGACCCCUUACCCCACACCCCUCCUCAGCUCACAAGAAUUGGUCCCAAGUUUCUUUUUGUCUCUGGGAUAUUUGUUGGUGGCACCUGUGCUAUUUUAUUUGGGUAAGUUGAUGGCCAUAUAGCAGGUAUAAUUUAAGUUUUUUCACAAUUUAAAAAAAAACAACAUCUUGUACAUUGUAAUUUAAAACAUGACAUAUUUCAUACAGAAAUAUACAAACAAAUCUUUUUAUUUCAAAAAGAUUACAGACUUAGCCAACUCUGUUUUUAUGGACAUAACAGAUAUAAGUUUAGACUCAAAUUAUUGAAUUUUUCAUAGUUUAUUUUCAAUAUUCUGACUAUAAAAAAAGAAAAUUAUUUUUUUUAAUUAGUGAAGUGGGUAUUGAGUUUUGUUCACUAAUUUUUAUAUUUAAUAUUCAAAAUGUUAUUUUAAGUUUAAAAAAAGUCUUCACAAUGUAAAUCUGCAUUAAUUAAUUAACUUUUUUUUUCUUAUUAUUAGUAAUGGGCUUUUAAAACUGAUAAUAUUUCCAGCACGUUAUACAUGUGCCCAUCUGGUGCACCUUUCAUUGUCAUCUGUUUUGUCUGCCGCUGUGUCGAAGCACUGGGAUUGUCUGCCUUCCUCACUUCUGCGCUGGCGAUUAUCUCCAAUGAGUUUCCCAAACAUGUUGCUACAGUUUUUGUGAGUAAAGACAAAGACAUUUUAGCAGUUCACUUCCAGAGUUUGUCUGCCUGGCUUGUAUCAUAGUUUAAAAAUAAAAAAAUUCAAUUUGUAUUUAUUUUGUGUAAAUGGCUGUCAUCAUCAUCAUCGCCUGUCAUCCCUUUUUGGGCAUAGGCCACAAACAAAGGCUCUCCAGGCAUCCCGGUCUUGGGCAAGUCUCUCCAACUGUCCUCAGUUGCGCCCACUAUUUUUGGUGUCUGCCUCCAGUUCCCUUCUCCAAGUCGUUUUGGUUAAAUGGCUGUAGUGUGAUUUUAUUUAAUGUCACUAGUCUAAUAAAUGAAAUAAAAAAAUCAAAGUGUUUUAAAAAAACACUGUGAAUAAAUAUUAUGGAAAUUAAUAAAAGAAGUUAACUUUAUCUGUUGGUACUGAAUGGCAGCCGGUACCACGCUGGUGAAUUUUGCUCAUUAGAUGCUAUCUGUUAGAUCAGGACAGACAGCAUGGGACGGGGAAGUUAGGAUGGCAGGCAGCAGGGGUACACUGAGGAAACUUUGCAAAGUUCAUUUCCGAAAAUGUCUUGACUUAGCAGUUGCCAUGAAUACUUCCAUGCCAGCAUUGAUAGUGAAAUUUCUAUCUUUUUUCUCACAGGGCUUCCUGGAGACAGCCACUGGGAUUGGCCUGAUGGCAGGACCUGCGCUCGGUGGUGUUCUGUAUGAGGUACACUUGCUUGGUAUCUGUUUUAGGAUUGAGCUGAUAAUGUUAGAAUUGGUUGAAUUAGUUUUGUUUUGUCUCCAUCAAAUGAUCACAAAAAGAUUCCUUUUGACACAACCCACACCCCCUUCCAUUUCAUUGAACAGGGUGUUGCGUUUUUCAAAACUUUAUUUAAGAGCAUUUUGAAUCAACCUCUCAUGAUCUAGAAAGUUUGAACAAUAGCAGAUAAAUUAUUUUGUCAAAUUAUGAGUAUCCUAAAAUGAUUGUAAUAAUUACAUGAUAUUUAUCAUUUCAUGAUGCAUCAGAAUUGAUGACUUAACAUUGUCUGCCGAAUUUCAAUAGAUAAACAUUACAGGCAAUAGAAAAGGCUUAGAGAUUACCAAUAUUUUUCUUCUCUUUUAAUUUCAAUGUGGUAUAUUCAUCAUCAUGGGCAUUAUAAAUAAUCGGGGGAUGUAUCAAAAAAUAGUUUGUCUUCAUCUGAGUUGUUUCCCUGUAAAAGAUUUACUUCAUUUACAAUUUAAGUGUACAGCCUUAGUGAAUGCCGCAUCAGGUGGCACAGAAAGACAUAACCCAGAGAUAUGUUCAAUUAAUGGACAUUGUUUUGUAGAAACUAUUAGCCUGUAUGCCAUGUAAUUAAUUUCUCUCCAUUUCCCCCCAUUGUCAGGCAGGUGGUUUUGGCCUCCCAUUCUUUGUAAUAGGUUCAUUGAUUUUGGCCACAGGUUGUGUGAUGUUUUUUCUGCUACCAGAAAUUGCAAGUGAGUCAUACAUUCAUAUGGAAUAUGUAAGUCUGUCUUAAUCUUUGAGAGCACAUUGGAGUCUUAUCACAAUGAACAAAUCAAUUGAACUAAAGAGAAAAAAAAUACUUAUAUUCUAGGUCGGGGGGGGGGGGGGACAAACAUUAAAUGAAAUUACAACUGAUUCAUUAUAAAAAUUGUAUGGAAUAGAUUUUUGAAUUUCAUAUGGAAUAAUUAAGGUCUUAUUAAUCUUUGAGACAGGAGAUGGAUUUUCAUUACCAUACAUUGAACAAAUCAUUUGAACAUAAGUAAUGCACUCUAGGUGGGGUUGGGGAGAAGAGAAGGAGAAUAACUAGUUUGGGCACUAUUGGAUUGGAAGAAGAGAAGGAGAAGAACAAAUCAUUUGAACAUAAGUAAUGCACUCUAGGUGGGGUUGGGGGGGGGGGGCAAACACAGGCAUGUCAGCUACACCUGGCAUGCAAAUCUCAGGGAAAAUCGUAAACUAAAUAUUUCAAAUUUCAUUGCUUAACUGUUGAUUUUUACUUCACGAAAUAAGUUUUACUUAUAAAGAUCGAUACAACGUAACAAUGUAAUUAAUAAACCAGUCCCUAUAACUAUUUUGGUAGUGAAAAAAUUUGUUCACUAUUUCCCUUUAUGAUGAGAGAAAUAAAUAGUAUGUAGUUCUUUUCUUUAUUGCUCUGAUACCUCUGAAGGAUGAAAACAACUCUCAUUGAAGUAAAAUAUGCAAACUAUUUAUGUAAUUACACCUGCAGCAGUGGAGUAGUAGGGGGUAGGGUGGGGGUGUGGUAAGGCUUUAUUACUAGAUUGGUGGAGAGACUCAGUGAGUUUGACCUUGGGACACAUUAAGGAGGCAUAACACUCAGCUUGCUCCAGGCUCUGAAGUAAGCACAAAUAAAAAAUAACUCUUUUUAAACAACUUUGAGGCUGCUAUAUUUAAAUACUGGUAAUUCUGAGGCUGCUAUAUUUAAAUACUGGUAAUUUUUGAGGCUGCUAUAUUUAAAUACUGGUAAUUCUGAGGCUGCUAUAUUUAAAUACUGGUAAUUUUGAGGCUGCUAUAUUUAAAUACUGGUAAUUCUGAGGCUGCUAUAUUUAAAUACUGGUAAUUUUAAGUCUGCUUUAUUUAAAUAAUGGUAAUUUUGUUGUGUCAUAUUUGAAGUAUCUGAACUAUGGACUAUCUUAGUUUGUCAUAAAAUACAUUGUUAUUCUCUUAAUUUGUUCUGCUGCAGUAACUUUUAUGUUUGAGUCCCCCAUGUCAUGCAGCUUAAAAAUAAAAUGGUUUUAUUAUUUAUGUUCAACAGAUGUCCAACAUGAGAGAAAGACCAGUGUAUUCUCACUGUUAAAAAGCCCCAUGGUUUGGUUUGCAUCGUUAAGCAUAAUGGCUGGAGGUAUCGGCAUUGUUUUUCUGGAUCCAACCUUUUCAAAACAUGUAGAAGAGGUAUGCAUGACCAGUAACCAAAUGUGUUAAUCAACCUAUUCUUUGUUAAAUCACAUAAGGAAAACUCAUAAUUUUUUACUGACAUUAUCAUUUAGAAUUCAAAUCUCUUUGCCAGUGGUUGUCUGCAAGUCUCUUUGCCAGUGGUUGUCUGUAACUCUCUUUGCCAGUGGUUGUCUGCAACUCUCUUUGCCAGUGCUUGUCUGCAAGUCUCUUUGCCAGUGCUUGUCUGCAACUCUCUUUGCCAGUGCUUGUCUAGAACUGUCUUUGCUAGUGCUUGUCUGCAAGUCUCUUUGCCAGUGCUUGUCUACAACUCUCUUUGCCAGUGCUUGUCUAGAACUGUCUUUGCCAGUGCUUGUCUGCAAGUCUCUUUGCCAGUGCUUGUCUGCAACUCUCUUUGCCAGUGCUUGUCUAGAACUGUCUUUGCUAGUGCUUGUCUGCAACUCUCUAUGCCAGUGCUUGUCUGCAAGUCUCUUUGCCAGUGCUUGUCUGCAACUCUCUUUGCCAGUUCUUGUCUACAACUCUCUUUGCUAAUGCUUGCCUCUCUUGAUGCUACAAUAAGGUUCCAGUUAAAUAGUUCUUGAAUUAGUUUUGUUUUAACCUUUCAUAAAAAUCUGUCCUAUUAAGCCUUUUCUCAUGAGGAAGAGAAUAAUUUUUUUAGCAGCCUAAAUACCGAAUAACCAUGCCUGGAGAGAGGCAAAAGUUCUCUGCAGUCAACAAGCCGAGCUGACAACUGCAGACUGCUGGGAUGGCAGAAUAUUUAGCUAGGUCCUGUAGGGCUAACCACUGCAUACUAAAAGGAGGAGGAAAACACAACUCAUAAUUGUGUGAUUUAAAAAAAAACAUUUUUAUUAAAAUGACUGGGACUCUAUGAUUCAAGUUAUAAAAAUAAUUAAUGUGUCGCGGAGGAUAAUGUCACUAAACUUUUGGGUGAGGAAAUCAACCCCAAGGGACGCAGCCCAAAUCAUUUACCGUCACAUGCAGAUAAUACAUUUUUUAAAUGUAUUUUCACAUUUAUUUUGUUUUCAUGUUUUGCAAGCUUUUUUUUUCAGUUUGAUUAUUAUUAAUACUAAUGAUUCCGUGUUUCAGUGUGUUUUGAUGACUUUGUAUUUCAGUUUAAUUUAAGCACAGCCAUUGUUGGAUUAUUUUUUGUCAUAGCUCCUGGUCUCUACGGACUCACCUCACCACUAUGGGGAUUUAUCAGUGACUCUACGGUAAGUAUAGAAAUCAGUGGUUCCCAACCUGGGCAGGCAUAAACAAUUUAUGUGUGGGCCUGAUUACUUUCCAAAAGUUUUCUUUAGAAUAGACUAAGUUCUCAGAUUUAUUUGGGUAAAUUAAAAAAUUAAAUUAGAUAAGAAACAUGAUUGAGGCCAUACCCAGAAACAUAUCUCCAGAUAACAAUAGACACUCUUUAUUUUAUGAUGGUGUCAAGGAUUUUAAUUUGACCUCAUCAUGGUGUAAGGAGAAAACUGAAAAUUAUCUGUGCUUGAGGGAGUCCAAAAAUCUAAACCAUUUGAGAACCACUGACAUACAAAUUUAUUUGGUUAUAUAUUAUUGCAAUUAUCCCUCAGAAAAUCAUUGUAAUGGUUACUUGAUAAAUUAAGGAAAUUAUUUUUAUUAGUCCUUGAUUGAAUAUAGUGUUCUUGUGCUGAUAUAACUCCCUAAAAAAACUGCACUAAUGCACUCUUUGUUUCACUACAGCCUGACCCAAUAAAAAUAUAACAUAGCUCACUCCAUAGUGGAUUGUAGAUUUUACUUAUACAUGUAAUUAAAAAAAAAUUUUUUUAGUACCCAGUGUUUUAUGUGUUAACAAAUUUAAAGCAAUAUAAAACAAAAUAAACAACUAUUGCCACUUUUCACUAGAGUGAAAUAUUAAACAACAAUGUUUUCACACUUGAUACAAAAAGAUAUUAUAUAAUGCAUGCAUUCUUUAACUUUCUUUCAGGGGAUGAAUGCACCCCUGAUCAUUCUUGGAAAUCUAAUGUGUGGCAUUGGUUUUCUUUUUAUUGGACCAAGUCCACUUCUACCAUUUUUACCUUUGUGAGUUUUAAAUGGGGAACAACCAUUUACGGUCUGCUUUGACAUGAAAUUAUGUCCCCAAAGCUGGAAUAUAUAUUAUAAUCACAAAUUCAAAUUUGACAUAAAUAUAAAUUCAAUAAUAAAUUUAUAUAUUGAUGUAUAUCUAACAGUUAAAAUUUUAUAAAGAUUUCUUCUAAUCAUUUUACUUCAGUAUUAUCUUUAACUUUUGGCUGCUCUUGUUUGCAGUGAGCUAUGGAUCAUAAUAUUAGGGCUAAUAAUGGUUGGAGCAUUCUUUGGGACACUAGUUGUGCCAUCAAUGAAGUGCAUGCUGAUAGGUGCAAUGUAAGUGGAAAUUUGUUAAUAAUAAUUAGCCUUUAGUUAAGUCUAGUGGGUAUUUGGUAAUUUAUGGUCAAUUGCCCUCAUUAGGUUACUUAUGGUCAGUCUGUAACUCUUGAAGAAAGACUAGUUAUAUAGUGAGUAUUCUAAUAUCAAAACACAUUGGCCACAUCGAAUUCAGGGUGACAUGAAUUUAUUGAAACUCAUUAAUACAUAGGUUUGCUGAUAUUCAGUUUGAGAUCCACUACUGAUUUCCCCUAACACCAACAUUAACUUCCCCUGAAGCCAUGACUGAUUUCCCCUGAAUCCAUGAUCAACUUCCCCUGAAUCCACCCCUUCUUUCCUUCCAUCCACCACUUACGUCCUAAUGACUGACUUCCCUUGAAUCCCUCCCCGCCUUCCCCUGAAUCCCCCCCCCCCCCUCUCUCUCUCUCUCUCUCUAUGGGCCUCUUCUUUUUUAAGCAGUUAGUUGACACAUGUUUUCUGAAUCACCAAUAGAUUCCAUAUAUCUGAAUCCAUGACUGAUUUCCCCUGAAUCCAUGCUUAAUUUCCCCUGAAUCCACCCCUUAUUUCCUUGCAUCCACCACUUAUGUCCUAUUUACAGUUCAAAAAACAUUUGUUAGCUGUUUGUAAAGCCCAUCCUUUGAUCAUUUCAGAGAUAUAGGAUUUGAAAACAAUCUGGACACAUUUGGUGUUGUCUCUGGUUUAUUUAAUUCUGUCUUCUCUAUAGGGUAAGUCUGUUUACUACCAGAUAUUGUCUACUUUUUAUUGGAAUUAAAAUAAUUAAAUUUUUUAGAAUGCUUAUAAUAUUAAGGUUAUGACCUUUACAAAAUAUAUAUUAUUGAAAUAAACAGUAAUGUGGUGGUAUUUAAAAAUUAGGGUAAUGUUUAGACAGUAAUGUGGCAUUAUUUCAAAACUAACGGAUAAUAUUAUAACAGUAAUGUAGUAUUGUUUUUUAAAAAUGUUUUAGUACUUUUAGGUUUGUUAUGGAACACCCAGAGUUUUUAUUUUAUCAUGUCAUGUUUUGUUUUUUUAGAGCUUUCACAGGUCCCAUGCUGGCUGGUGUGCUGGUAGAAGAAAUUGGCUUUAGAUAUGGUACUACUGUUGUGACUGGCAUUAAUUUUGCUGUGGUAAGCUUCAAUCAGAUUGUUUUUUAAAUAAACCCUUCUCUGCUUGAAAAAAGUUAACUUUAUCCCUCAUUACUUGGCAAUAAUUUUUUAAUGUGUUUAUUAUUUUUUUAAAAUCAUUUCAAGAUGAUUAGGUGGAUGGAAUUAAUCAUUUUAAAAAACAAUUCUCUAAAACCAUUUAACAUUUUUCCAUGAUGACUAUUUUUAUAUUUAAAACACUUAAUAUUUUGCCAUUCAGUUCACUUUUUAUUUUUUAGAACAAUACUCUCUUAAACUUGAAGUACACUUGAUGUAACGGAUAGUUGUGCACAUUUUUUACAAUUCUCAAGACAGAUGACAUGUUGACAUUCAUUUUUCAUUUUUUUUUUACAAUUUCCAUGUCAAACAGAUGCUAUUGUGUGCUUCAUAUUUUAUUAUCCGGCGAUUGCUGAGGCCAUCCAAAUCAGCCAAUCUUUUGAUACGCUAUGAAAGUGCUGUGCCACAGAGUGCUGCAGAUGAGAGGGACUUAAUUCUGUCCAACUCUUUACACAUAUCCACUGAGAGUAAAAAAGAUACAAAUUCUGCAGGUAGGAGAAAGAUGUGAAACUUAAUUAUUCUUAAAACUAUUUAUUUUUUGUUUAAAUCGUCAAUAAUUCAUACAUUCUAUACUUUAUUCUUUUUUUAAAUAUACAUAUCAAUACAUAAACUGUAUUUACAAAUUAUUGUUAUUACUGGGUAUUUCAUAUAUAGCUCUUUGUUGUAAGAUAUCAUAAGAAAUUAUUCAUUACCCAAAAAUUUAAGAAACAUUUUAAAAAAAAUCAAGUUAAUGGAAAAAAUUGAAAAUUAACUGUGUUUAAACUGAAUGUGACUAUAACUCUUACUAUUUUCAUUGAAAACAUGGCAGUAAAGAUCAAAUAAUUUUAUGUCGCCAGUUAAUAAAGCAGUGUAUUUAAAAAAUAAAUAAUUUUAACUAUAAAAUUUCAGGAAUUUGGUUCAAUCUUUGAUUACAAUAUAUUUGUUUUUACUGGAUCUUUGAUAACUUCAUUCAGCUCUUGUUAGGUCUGUUGCAGGCUGUUCAUGACACCCAGGUAGAAGUUAUUUCUGUCAGGCUUUGAUACUUGUGAAUAGUUCACUGACUUAUAAGGACUUAAAGGUAAAUGCCCUACUGCUCUACUGUGAUACUGCACUACUUACUCAAUGCUAUACUGUGAUACUGCACUACUGCCUUAAUGCUCUACUGUAUUACUGCAUGUUAGCUGUAUGACCCUCUGCUAAUUUUCUAUAGGCUGUACUUCUCCACAAUCUUAUUAUCCAUUCUGUAGGAUUCCCUUUAGGAAUUAUUUCCCCAAAAUUCCCCUGUUCUGCUCCAUCGUGUUUCUUAACUUAUUUAGUGCCUUUGCCCUACAAAUGCAAUGUCCUGCUCAUCUGGCUUGCUGUUGUAUUGAUGCAAUUGCCUACUGAGUGUACAGCCAUAUUUCCUCUUGGUCAAAAUACAAAAUCAACUUGCAAAUUUCAUCAUCAUGCCAUCAUUAAGUAAAAUAUCUCCCUAAGUCGAUAAAUAGAAAAUCUACCAAAAGUUCAAUUGUUUAUCUUAGUACUCUUAUUAGGCCCUCCAUAAAUGACAACAUGUGAGGGGAGCUACAUUUUGUGACAAGUUUGUCAGGUUGGGGAGAAGUUUGUCUGGUUGGGGAGAAGUUUGUCUGGUUGGGGAGAAGUUUGUCUGGUUGGGGAGAAGUUUGUCUGGUUGGGGAGAAGUUUGUCUGGUUGGGGAGAAGUUUGUCUGGUUGGGGAGAAGUUUGUCUGGUUGGGGAGAAGUUUGUCGGGUUGGGAAGAAAGAGUAAAAAAAUAGGCCAAAAUAGUGGGAUGCCAUUUUUUUAUGAAUCCUUGAUGUAAGAUAACUUUAAAAAAGCUUAAUCAAAUGUGCACCAAACAUAUUAGCAACGAAAGUUUAAUAAAAAUAAACAACUUGAUUUUUGCUUGAUGUAUUUAAUUUUAUUUUUCCUUAGGUGAACUCCAUUUCAGCUUCAUGAGAUCUACCCCACCAGAUAUUCAUUUUAACUAAUUACUCAGUUAAAAAUAUUCUUAAUGUAUAUAACCUUUCAGGAAAUGUUAUCCUAAAUUAAUAUUAAUUAUUGACCUUGCCAAAAUUUUUUUUAAAAAUAAGUGAUUGAAAAAAUAAGUUAUGUAUACAUUAAUAUUAUAUAUGCAGUAAUUUUUUAUUGCUUUAUUCAACUAACAAAACUGAAAGGAGAAAGCAUUACCUCAUUUUUGUUGAUGAUCCAAAUGUUUAUUUAUAUUUAAAGAAUUUCUUUUGGAGAAGAGAGCUUAUUAAAGUGCAAUAAGUUUCCACUGGCUCUAAGUUAAUUACAGCUUCUAACUUCUAUCUAUUCCAAUUCAAUGGAUAUGGAUACUUAUUUUUUAUACCGGUACACAAAUCAAACCUUAAAUUUUAUGUUGUUUUAUUCUCAUUUAUGAAUGAUGAUUUUUGUUAUCUUUUCACAAAUAAUGUUAUUCUUAUAUCCAUUUAUAUUUAUUAUACAUCUAUUAUUUGUUGAUAUUAAAGAAAUUGAAACAUUCCGGGUCAGUUUUAUUAAACAAAAUUAAAAUGAC